AUUGUCCCGCAGCCCAUGAACGCACCAGCAGCGCGCGGAAAGGAAACAAUCAUGGCUGAAGCGGUGUCUGACAGCGACCUUCAGGCUGUGAAGCCGCCGCCCAAACGCAGACGCAUCCUCGACCCGUCAGCCAUCGUCCCGGUGCCCGUUUACUCCAACAAGGUGAGCAGCAGUCUGCAGCUGAAGCCAGCAGCAGCCGUGUUCACUGAAAAGGAAACUGCAGACGUUUCAGGCGACAGUUUGUGGUCACAGUUUUCGUCUCGAGGACCGUCGACAGCAGCUGCAGCUGCCGUCAGCCUCAGUGACUCUGAGGAGGACGAAGCAGAACACACGAAGAAGAAAACCGAGCUAGAAAUGGUUCGCUGCCCGUCUCCUCCUCCUCCAGAGAGUCCGGUCCAGAAACAGUCCAGACAGGUCCAACAGAAGAUCAGUGAGAUCGACAGGAGGCUCCGGGCCGUCAGCUCCCUCAUGUCUCCUGAACCUCAGAACAGCAGGACCAGACGGCGCAGGGGUCGCCAGUCCACAGACGACGACGAUGUCAUCAUCAUGAACUCUAAUGAAGAUGAUGUCAUCAGCUCGAACCCCGUCUCUGGAAGUGAGGACUCUCCGUACAGGUCCUCGGUCAGAGAGAUCCCCCUGAAGAUCCGCUGCCGGACCGACGUCCACAAGAUCCCGGUGCUGUCGUCGACGCCUCUGAGUUACGUGUUGGCCAAGCUGUCCGUCAUGCUGAACGUCCCUCCUCCUCGCCUCCUGCUGAUGAGGGAGGAGGUGGAGCUCCCGACAGACUCGACCGUCGGCGAGCUCGGCCUCGGCAUCGCUGACAUCAUCGAGUGUGUCGUCAUGGCAGCAGAGGAUAAAAGUAAAGAUGGCGGCAGCAGCAUCACUGUGAGGCUGCAGAGCAAAGACCGAGACUCUUCUCAGGAGUUCUCUCUACACAGAGAUGCCCCGCUGGGCUCCAUCUUCUCCCAGUAUCUGUCCAAGAUGUCCACCCGAGCUCAGGGAACGGUCCGCUUCCACUUCGACGGCUGCAAAGUGACGCACAGCCAGACGCCGGCUCAGCUCGACAUGGAGGACGGUGACAUCAUCGAAGUUUGGAUUUAAACCUUCAGCCUCGUUUCAAAACAUCAGCUAUGUGUAAAAAGUGUUCAGUUACUUGAUUUGUAAAAGUCACCUUAUUUGUAAAGUUGAAUACAAAGAGCUGCUCAGCUCAGACAGACAGGAUUAUAUUUUUAGACACUAUUCAAAUGAAAACAUUUGUCAGAGAUUAAAGAACUGUAAACCUAUUUUAAUGAUGUGUGACUGUACAAUAGCACGUUCUUUUUAUUGUUACUGAUAACUAUAAUAAAAGGAGUACGAGGUACUCUCUGUGAGACACCUGA